CAACUCAGCGCCUGAAGAGUUGAACAGAGUAUACAAUUACAGCUAUAUUGACAAUGAGAAUGAGUCAUAUUUUACAUAUUCCCUUUAUACUAGUCGUCCAAUUGCGUCAAGAUUGAUCAUGGAUGUCUCAGGACAAAUUAUGCAACAAACAUGGUUGGGUAGUGAAAAUGUUUGGCUUCCAUUCUGGUCUCAACCAGGACAACAAUGUGAUGUUUAUGCUAAAUGUGGGGCAUUUGGAGUUUGCAAUAGUGCUAAUUUAUCAUGCAAUUGUUUGAGCGGUUUCAAGCCAAGAUCAGAUAGAGAAUGGUCUUCGAAUGAUUAUUCUGGUGGCUGUGUAAGAGGCGAAAAAUUGCAGUGUAAUGCAAUUACUGAAGACAAUGAUAGCUUUUGGAUGAACUCAAGUAUGAGAUUACCUGCUUCGCAAGAUACUACUAUUACCAUUAGGGAAGCCUCACAGUGUCGAUCUACAUGUUUCAACAGUUGCUCUUGCACUGCUUAUACUUAUGAUGGUUCCGACACCUGCUCAAUUUGGACAGGGGAUCUGUUCAAUCUGCAACAACUCGGUAAAAAAGAAACAGGAAGGACUAUCUUUAUCAAACGUGGCUUACCUGAAGCUCAAACUAAGGCUAAGAAAUCGAUGAAGUUAAAACCUAAGAAAUCGAUGAAGCUAAAAACUAUCCUUUCAUCCAUAACAGCUUUGAUGUUUCUACUCAUAGGCAGCUUUAGCUACAUUUACUAUAGAAGAAGAAUGGCAAAAAGAGCAGGUAAUUUCUGAAUGAAUCUAAUGCUGGAACAAAUUUUCUUUUCUACCAUUCCAAAGGUCAUUCUCAGUCCAAUUGAGGUAAUGAGGUCAUUUUUACUUCUCAACAAACCAAACCCCCCCCCCCCCCCUCCC